AUGAGCAGGAUGCGGCCCUCCGAGGUGCUGCUGCUGCUGCUGCUGCUGCUGGGGUCAUCCAGAGCUGUCACACUGGGGCUGGAUGUGUCUGCUGCGCCGGGGCUGGAUGGAUCGAUCCCACCAGGGCUGGAUGGAUCAAUCCCACCAGGGUUGGAUGGAUCAAUCCCACCAGGGCUGGAUGGAUCGAUCCCACCAGGGUUGGAUGGAUCGAUCCCACCAGGGUUGGAUGGAUCGAUCCCACCAGGGUUGGGUGGAUCCACGCCAACUGGGCUGGAUGGUUCCAUUACACCCAAGCUGGAUGGACCCAUCACCCCAAAGCUGGAUGGAUCCAUCUCACCAUCCUGGCCCUGGCGCUGGCCCACCACCUACGUGGAUGCCAUCCUGGCAGCCGUGCGGUUGCUCAACCAGAAGAUCUCGGGUCCAUGCACCCUACGACUGCGGGCAGCACAACCCCAACCUGGCUGGGCUGGGACCCUGAAGCGUCGGCGGGAGGUGAGCUUCCUUGUGGAGGAUGCCCCGUGCCCACCUGGGGUCGACUGCAGGAGCUGCGAGCGAGGGGCCCUGCAGCGCUGCGUGGGCACCGUGUCCAUGGAACAGCAGCCCACUGCUGAGCUGCGCUGCAGACCGCUGCGGGUGCAGCCCAUCCGCAACUGGUGGACCCGCAUCCGGGAGUGGUGGGAUGGCAUCAGGAAGCGCCUGCGGCAGCGCGGCCCCUUCUAUGUGCGUGGACGUCUGAACAUCACCAGCACUCCACGGCCGUGA